CCCUGACGAGUAUCAAGGUUAUUAAUUAUUUUAGUGCCAGCGGUUUUCCAGUUAUAAUUAAAUUUCAACCUGUCAUCUGCAACCUGCACCCCGCAAAAAAGACCUGCCGGUGCACAUACCACUUGGUGCAACUUCUCGUAAUUAUUUCGUUAUCAUUCGUCCAGAGGUAGACAAAAUCGUAUCAACCAUGAACAGGCUUCGAAGCUCUUUCCCAUGGACCGCCAAAAACGUCGUUCGAGUCGUUCGAUUGCAAGGUAUGAUCACUCCUGAAACUCGACCCGGUGGGAGAGGUUUCAACUUUCUAAAAGUUGAAAAGCACAUCGAGCAGGCUUUUGACAUAAAAAAAAUCAAGCCCAAAGCUGUGUGCCUAGAGAUCAACAGCCGAGGUGGGUCUCCAGUGCAGUCUAGCUUAAUUUUUCACCGAAUUCGAACUUUGUCGAAGGAGAACGGUGUUCCUGUGCUAUCUUUUGCUGAAGACGUGGCGGCUUCCGGGGGAUACUGGCUUGCACUGGCAGGAGAUGAGAUAUUUGUGGAUCCAAACAGCGUAGUGGGCAACAUUGGUGCUCUGUAUGGAACGUUUGGCAUGGAGGAAACAAUUAAGAAAUUGGGUCUGGAAUGGCGACUCGUCACCGCAGGAGAAAAUAAGUUCCGCAAUGACCCCUUCAAACCUCAGAAGCAACAGGACGUGGAUUUUCUGCAGAACAUACUGAACCAAAUCCACCUCAACUUCAUAAACAUGGUGAAAGAAAGAAGACCGACCCUUGAUGCGACUCACAAGACAGUGUUCACUGGUGAUUAUUUUACUGGUGGAGAUGCCGUCUCUAUCGGAUUAGCUGAUGGUAUUUGCUCGGAUAUGAAAGCUCUAUGUCGUGACAGAUUUGGCAAAGAUGUUAAAUUUGAACGCUGUGAGCCCCCAAAGGGAUUUCUGUCUGGGCUGAAGAAUUUUGGAAGUGAAGCAAGAGUUGAGAUUUCUAUGAAUGAUGCACUUGAAGAGCUAGCUGUGAAACAGCAGGGCUUUUAAGAGGAUCCUAUUUUUUACAAGAAAAAAAAAUUUUUUACAUUAUUGGUGCAUUGGUCUAGUUGACUAUUCGCAAAGUCAGGCAUAACUAAUUAGCAAUGAUGAUGGUAAGACCAGGUCAGUGGUAAUCGGAAACAUAAUUUGUAAUAAGUUUAGAAUCUUGCAGUUACCUGGUAGAUCCUUUCAGUUUAUCUAGUUUUUCUUUCAGUUUAUUUAUUUUUUUAAGGACAGGGCACUGGACAAAUUGAUCGACUGUGAGGAUGAUUUUGCCCUCCUGGUUUGACCAUCUAGGGGAAGGGUUUUGUUAUAAAGAAGUUUUAAAAGUUCAAAAGGUUUUAUCCGCCUGUAAACACCAGUUGUCCUCGUGCUGUAAACAGUAAUGAAACCCCUGACCCUGUGGUAGAAUUCAAUGUCAUCAAGAGAUUCCAAAAAUUGGCAGAUGUGGUUCACAUUCUCCAAAAUACACAGGCUUGGACCAUUUUACAUACCUGCUGAUUUGCAGAGGACAGCUGCAAAUGUACAUUGAUUUUUAAAAAGUGCAUUGCUAUUGAACUACUCAUAAAUGUUUGGGUUUAGCAAUGUUCUUGUCUCCAUUACUGUUGUGGUUUAAUAAGCUUCCUAAUAUGUUUGGAGUAAAACUUCACAUUUUCAUUGAUCUCUUGAUAAUUUGGAUUAUCAAAAUUGUCUUCCCUCGCACUAUCAUUAUAUCAGUAGCUUUCGCCAGUUCUGUUUUGCUAUCAAGUUAUGGCAAAUAUAAAUUUAGCAGGAGUUUUUCUUACUGGGCAUUUAGUAAUAGUGCAAAUAAGGAACAAAAAUAUAUACGAUCUGUUAUAAUCGGUUAGUAGUCUAUUAAUUUAGUGAACCAGUUUUGCUAGCAGUGUCCUGUUGCCUGUAUUAAGUGAUCAGAUGAGGCAGCUUAGCUCACCAUUGUAUAAUUAUUGUCACAGCGAUAUUCUUCUAGCUGUGUAUGUAAGAACUUAGAGAUCCCAGAAGGGAGAAUUUAUAUGUUGACAUGACAGCUUUUAAAGGAUUAAUAACUACCAAGUGCAGUCACAAGCAUUGACCAGUUCACUAAAUAAUAAAUGUGAUCUGUUACAAGAUUUAUUAAUUAAUUUUCAAUAUUUUUGUUAUUUAUGUACAUUUUGCAAAUUGUACCACAUUUGAAUUUUGCACCCUCCACCUAGCCUGCGAGCAGGCUUAAGUUUGGGAGCACACAAGUGAGUGGUGAACCUUCCACAUCAGACUCCUCCCUGCUUUGCUCACUUGUUUUGUCCAGGAAAAGAUUUACUGGUGGAAUCUUUCUUUGGUUUCAAUGCCUUAUGAGUAAUCUAACUGUAUGCAGUUAACCAUUGUAAAAAAGGCAAAUUAAAGGAAGUACAGUGUAGUUACUAGUUACCAAAUAAAACAAAGUAAAAACAAAA